CCGAUUUCCUUGGAACGCGCUCGUCGAUAUCGACGUUACAAAAAUGAUUGUCCGCCAUGGAACGUUAUGGGCAAUCGCGGUGCUGGUUCUUCUCGCGAGUGUAUCAUUUUCGGAAUCUGUAAAACUGCGAAAACCACGAAAGAGGACCACGGCAAGAACUCCGUAUCAACAAUCCAGGAUUGGAUCGGUAAUCAUAAGAGUGAUGCAUAAAUAUUCUGACGAUGAACUCACGCGUAGUGCAUCGACUGGUUGUACUAACGGAAAUUGUAGAAAUGCGCACAAUAAAUUUAACUUUGAACCUGUCAACGAAGCGAUGUCCGAGAAAGACAAUUUCCUCUCAGACGAGGAAUCGUUGCGUUACGUCGUGCAUCCGGAGAAAUAUGAACAUUUCGUGAUGAGAAAGAAUACAGGACACGCGAAUAGAUACAAAAGGAACUCUACAUUUUCGGAAUUACAUUCAUCAAAUACAAACGAUCGUACAAUGGUUAAUCGUGACGCGAGUGAAGUAUCAAAAAACGUGAAUAAAGGAAAUUUUACGAAAAAAAUAUACAGACUUCCGUUAUACAAAACAGUUUCAUUAAAUCCGUUCAAUAGAUACACAAAGAAUCUUUCGAAAUCUUUAAGUGAAGCAAGAACGAGAAGAAGCCUCACUGUUGAUUAUUCUUCGCAAAGAAACAAUAGUGACAGUGGCGAUGCGAGUGAAGUAUCAAAAAACAUAAAUAAAGGAAAUUUUACGAGAGUUCCGCUAUAUAGAAUAGUUUCAUUAGACGGACUUAAUAGAUAUACAAAAAAUUUGGAAUCUUUAAGCUCAGCAAGCAGAACGAGAAGAAGCCUCACUGUUGAUUAUUCUUCGCAAGGAAACGAUAGUGACAAUGGCGAUGCGAGUGAAGUAUCAAAAAACGUAAAUAAAGGAAAUUUUACGAGAGUUCCGCUAUACAGAAUAGUUUCAUUAGACGGACUUAAUAGAUAUACAAAAAAUUUGGAAUCUUUAAGCUCAGCAAGCAGAACGAGAAGAAGCCUCGCUAUUGACGAUUCCUCGCGAAGAAACGACAAUGACUAUUACGCACAGCGAAAAGCCGUCAUGGACAGAUAUUACGCUCGACAGCGUGAAAUAAACGCGCGAUACGCUAAUCGAACAAGCACGACUCCACGAAAGUACAACAAUGUGUCGCCGACAAGCAACGUUACCUUGUUCAAUCUCGGACGUAUAUAUUCUAAUAAAGAUUCGACGAGGGACACUGCGACUUUUCUUCAUCCAUCCACAAAGAUAGAUCCAAUAUAUAGCAACGAAUCGCGAUACAACAAAAUACCGACGGAACUGGACAGUCGACGAAACUUCGUUCCUGAAAUCGAACCCGGCUUCAAAUCUGAAACGGAUUUGUCUCAGAUGAGAAGCAGUGGUAAUAGCGAAAGAAACGCAUUGGAUUAUUUGGUCACACCCACGCCCUGCACGAAUUUAUCCUCAAAUGGCACUUUCGCGCCGAAAACGCGAUCCAAGCAGGCACAAAAUUACAUCAGUGAAACGGAACAGAACAACGAGGACUUCGUUAACAAUUCAGCAGAUAAGAAUAACACUGAAGGCAACCUACGAUGGGGAAAGUGCGAAGGAAAAAUUGUGUAUCAACACAAUUUGCUUUUAGGAUUAAGGGGUCCUUCGAACCUUGACGCUCUGUUUGAAGUAAUCAUUCAAGGCCCUGUUUGUAUCACUUGCGUAGAAGCGUUGCGAUAUAACGAAACUAGAGCGACUGUCGCAUUGGAUUCCGGAGGCCGUGGAUACGAAUACGCGAAACUGAGGCUACAGGGUUACGAGAACGAAGGGUUUUCCUACAUAAUAAAGGUUUGGGGCAUCAAUAAAAUUGGUGAGGUUUGCGAUAAGUAGCCUAAUCAAGAUAUGAGUAACGUAUAAAAAUAAAUGAGCUAGGUAACACUUAUGUCACACACGUAUAAAAAAAUCAUUAAUACGAAAAAUUAAAUAAUAUUUUUAUAAAUAUAUUGAUUGUUUUAUGACAUUGUUUGUUUAGUAGUCUUACUUUUCGUAUUCAAGAGCAAGUAAUCUUAAAAAACAAGACAAUCUUAACACAUAUGAAAGAUACAUCACAAAAAAUAAAAAAAAUUCUUCAUGAAAGAUAUCUGCGCAAAUGAUCAAAAUAUUAAAGUACUUAUUGUUCUUCUGAUUCAAUAUUAAUGUAGAACGUUAUUAUAGAUAAAAUUGUUCAACUUGUCGAAUAUCUGCAUUGUCAUGUAGAUUGGAGAUUAUACACUCAAACAAUUACAGUUCAAUGUAAUGGCGCAAUCAAUGUACUAAAUUGCACAGCUGUGCCAACAAGUAUUGAUUAUUUCUCAACGUGUAGCAAUAAAGAUUCUUACUUUCUUAAAAAAAAUUAAAGAAAUAAAAGAAGGAAACAAGAAAUUCUAA